UUUCGGCUCAUGCGAGAUGGUGUGACACUGACCACAUCACCAAAGACGCUCGAGACGGACUCUCUAACUGCUAACCGUCACUGAUAGUGAUAUAAUUUCUUCACGUUGGACUGAUCCAUGGCUGUAAAUCUGGAAAUGAGUGUUGAGUAUGAAGCUCCUAAUUACCAGAAUGUCAAAAAGCCUAACAAAAACGCUCCCUUACCUGCCAGAAACACCCAGUACAGAGGAGCAUUCAGGCUGGCUGGAGUGUGCAUCGGUCUAAUGUGUAUCGUCCAGGCGACGCUCAACAUCGUCCUGAGGCUGUUCUUUACCUCUCCGGUGGCUGUAGAGUUGUUACCGCCGAGCUGCGACAAUCACACGCUGUCUAUAUACACAGCGCAGCUCCAGAGCAGAUAUGAGACUCUUGUUAAGGAGAAAGAGGAGUUAGAUGCCAGCUACAGCAGCCUGCGUAACAUGAGAGAUCAGAUACGGAUGGAGAAAGAGAAACUCCAGAACAAACUUUCCAACAUCGCUGAAGAGCUCAACAAGCCAGGGUGGGUCGCCUUCAGGUCCAGCCUUUACUACAUGUCUACUGAGCAGAAGAACUGGUUUCAGAGCAGAGCUGAUUGCAGAAAGAGUGGAGCAGACCUGGUGAUCAUAAAAAGCAGAGAAGAACAGGAUUUCAUUGAGAUGUUAAGAAGAGGAAAUAGAGCAUGGAUUGGUUUGAGUGACCAAGCCACCGAGGGCGUAUGGAAAUGGGUGGAUGGUUCAGCUCUGACCAAAACUGUCUUCUGGUUGAAUCAAGAGCCCAAUGAUUACAAAGGAAAUGAGGACUGCGUUCUGACUGGUUAUGAUCCGGAUGAUGGUAGACCUGUAACAGAUAUCCUAAACAAAUGGAAUGAUGAUACAUGCACUAUUAAUGCAUUUUGGAUAUGUGAGAAAAACGUUUCCUUUUAAGUCUCUAUGAAGAGCAUUGCAAAAACACGUUGCACACACUCAUAGAGGGACCUUCACUUGUGACUGCAUCUGCUUGUUUUGUUGCUUUGUGCUGCUGCCACGCGAUUGGCUGAUUAAUAGAUACCUGCAUGAAUGUUUCCUGGUGUUCCAAAUAAAGUGGCCAGUGAAUGUAUUUUCCUAC